UCAAAAUGAUUUAUUUGAUUUUUAUGUAAAAUUGAUUGUUCAUCGUAACAGUCCACUUUUGUAGCUUUAGCUGUAAUGAUACAUGUCAAGUAGUAAACUCUACAGUAUUUUACCAUGAGUGGAAGUAAAGGAGAUAAGAUGUUGCAAAACUGGAAAUUUUCUUCCUCAGGCGUUCCCGUAGAACAGAUAGAAAGAUUGAAGACUAUUGCCUGUUCCUUUGGAGCUACUUGGAAGGAGUUUGACUCUAGUGUUUCCGUAUUAUUGUGCACUAAAGUAGGAUCUCCUAAGACACGAGCGGCCCAAGAGCUGGGUAUUCCUUUGGUGCAUCCAGAUUGGUUACUUUCCUUUGAUAAACUUGAGAGGCCGUUGGAUGCUUUUUCUGAUUUUCGUCUCAAACCCUUACAGGGCAUAUUUAUUAGUGUUACAGGGUUAUCUCUGGAGACUAGAAGAAAAGUAGAACAAGUUUGUAUUUCUUUAGGAGCAGCUUAUUCGGGUGACCUCUCCAAGACUUGUACUCAUCUUAUAGGAAUAGAACCCAAAGGUUUGAAAUAUGAAUUUGCGUUAAAGUGUAAGAUGCACAUAGUUACCAUUGAAUGGCUCUGGAGUUGUCAAAAAUACGAAAAACUUUGUGAUGAGAGCCAAUACAAAUUGACAACACAGACCGGAGUUAAUAAAGUAAAUCCUGUGGAUUCUGUGUCGAAUGCACCGCAGACGAAGAGACCCAGACAGGCUUCAGUAACGCAAGUAGAUGAUUCAUCCAUGUCUUGUUGUAUAACAACAUCUUUCAUUCUUCUCUCUUGUCGUAUUUAUUUAUUCUGUUGUACGGAAGAAGAAGUAAAACGUGGAACUCAUUUAUUGCAUUUGACAGGAGCCACUCGAAGUACUUGCCUAUUUUCUCCUUUGACUCACAUCGUAUUUGGUUCGGACCGACAUGUUUCUGAGUUGCAUCGUUAUCGUGAGUUGAUUGUGUCUCAUUUUCAUUCCAAUGUGCGUUUUGUAACCUUUGAAUGGCUCAACAGUUGUGUGAAGAAUGGUCAACUUUUGUAUGAUGGCUCUUUUCGCGUAUCUUUAGAUGAUUUAUAUCCCAUGGAGACAUUUCCUUGCUAUGGAGAUGGCAGCUUGUUACCAGAACAAGGCAAUACAGCAACAUUGGCAAACAGUAAAAAAGACAGGACAAAAACUGUACAACAGCAGUUUUCUAGUUGUAUAUUUCGCGGUCUUCGUUUUCGUUUUCAUUCUUCAGUGUUCAGCAUGGAAGGAUUGGAACAGGAGCUGUCCAACGAUAUUCAGCAAGAACAGGGCGUUUUGGUUCAAGAUAAUGGAGUUCCAACCCAUCUUAUUGUUCGCCAUGGAGCUGUGGACACGUUUCCUGACAAGAUUUGUAUUGUCACUAGUUAUUGGGUUAAAGCAUGUUUACGUUUUCAUCGUUUGUUGUCUCCUUGUAUUAGUGUUUUAUUCCGACCCUUGCAAUGGCGGUUACCUUUGGAGACUAUGCUUCCUUGUAAAAUAACUUUGUCAGGAUUCCACAAUAAUUUAGAAGAAGAUUGCACCAAGAUUGACUACAAUCGAGAAUAUAUAAAGGAAAUCAUUCAUUUGAUUGGAGCAUGCUAUUUAGAACGACUGUCGAGAAGGCAAACUACUCACUUGAUUGUCCAAGCUGCGAAUAGUGAGAAAUAUCAAAUGGCAUUGAAAUGGGGAAUUCCAGUAGUUCAGUUGGAGUGGUUGUUUGCUUGUUUUCAAAGUGGAACCAGAGUGCCUGUUGAUCGCUAUCGAUUCUCAGAGAAAACGAUUGUUCCUAGUUUGUCAGAAAAUAUGGAUGUGCAAAGUAGGUCGUUGAGUGAGGGUACGAUUGCGGAUAAUUCUUAUUCCAUGAAUGAAACUAUUCUUCAUGGAAAGUGCAGAGAGUAUACAGUCGUUGAAGAUAAACAGGAAUCAAUGACCCAUCCAUUACAUCUCUUCUGUGAAGCAUCCAAUGUAUAUGGCAAUGGAAAUGUGAUGCACCAAAAGAACAUUCAUAUCGACCAAAAUGAAUGGGUCUUGAGAAAGAGGCCUUAUUGGAGUGAUGAAGAUAAAUGGGAUGAUGCAGAGGGAUUGUCGCAAGUAGUUGUUUUUGAAGAUAAAGAUUGUCUUCCUUGUGUAGAUGAUGUGAAGAACACAAAACCUGAUUAAAUGAAAGGAAGAAGAAUGAGAAUGGCCGUCCAUUUGUGUGAUGAUGAUCAUUUAUAUCUGUGAAAGAGUGAAUGGCUAUCUUAAUAAUUGUUUCCAAAGAAUGAUAGUUUCUCAUAUUGAGAAGAGGACAUGCAAAGUUACAAUACUAGUGAUGAAUUGGAAGAAUUGAAGCUUUUUGGAUAUUCAUAUGAGUAAAGUACCUAUUCUACAA